AUGUCUCGUCCACAGAUCAAGUGUAACCGGCUGCGCCCGAGCUGUGAAGCCUGCAAGGUCUUCCAAUGUGCUUGCGUCUAUGAUGCCAUCCCCAAGAAACGCGGCCCUAAGACCGAUGUCCUCGAGGCCCUUCUCAAACGCGUUGAUGGUCUCGAGAAGAGACUCCAGGAUGAGAAAAACCCCAUAUCACCCACUUCGCCCGAUCCCCCAGAGGAUCUCCCCCUCGGCAAUCAAUCCCGACGCAACACCAUAGAUGCCUCGUUUCAUCCAUACUCCUCGAACGAUCGCCGACCGUCUCUAUCCACAUCUCUCUCCCAGCCAGCCGAGUCCUUUCCUCGCGCGACCGACCAGGCCCUAUCUCCGGCCCUCUCGCAGCCACAGUCAUCACAUUCCCAGUCGCAACCACAGCCCCACAAUGUCAUCUUGUCAGAUAUCCUGCUCGAUGCAUAUUUCGGACGCCUACACGGCAAACCCUUUUUCGUCCUGGACGAAACGAGUACACGACAGAUGCACCAACUAAAACAGCUAUACGCGCCCUUGUCUAUGGCGAUAUCGGCCAUGACGGCGAGAUAUGUACAUGCGGUCGGUCAGCCAGACCAGUCUCUGCGGAUGGGUCUAGAUGCUGCCCUGCAGGCGCGACGGAUGAUUGAUGUAGAUAACCCCACGGUUGAGGGGCUGCAGACUCUCCUGCUACUCUCGCAGGCGUUUUUCGCUUAUGGACUAGGGAAAAAGGCAUAUAUGACAUUCUCAAAUUGCGCCGCCAUGGUAGUUGCAUUGGAUCUUCUCCGCGAGGCCCCCUCCAAGAGCAACCUAGCACCCCCAGAGAGAGAAAUGAGGCGGCGACUCUUCUGGUCUGUCUAUCUCAUGGAUCGCUUCAUUACCUGCGGGUCCCCUCGCCCCUGUCUCAUCGCCGAUCACUCCAUUGUGCUACGUUUACCCGUUUGGUCUUCUCAUACUCCCGGCCUCACCGUCGAAGGGGAGCUAUUCCACGUUGGCCCCAACAUCCAAUACUCCGCUGAUUCCCGGCGCAAAUCACCCAGCGCCGCCUCUCUUUUGAUUGAUAUUACUCGUAUUCUAGGUGUCACGAACCGCUACUUGGCAGCGGGUGGCGUCAAGGGCGAUUCACAUUUUCCUUGGCACGCGCUAUCGAAUCUGUCCAAAAUUCGACAAGAGUUGGACAUCUGGGCCGCCGGGACGCAGGACGUCUUUUCCUCAAUUGAGGCUCUAUUCGGUCAUCCAGAGAGUACUACACUGCUCCUAAGCAAAUUAAUCUACCAUCUCGUCCAUUGCCUGGUUUAUCGCCCCUUCCUACCAAUUGACUUGGUAGAACUCCGCGGAACCGGUCAACACCAGUCAUGGCAGAUCGAAGCCACCAACCUCUGUUUCUCGCAUUCUAAUGCAAUCGCAGAGCUGGUGGAGCUAGGUCGGAAUUCUCCCUUGAUCGAGUGGCCUGCCUUUGUCGGAUACUGCGUGUGCACAGCCGGUACUGUGCAUGUCCACGGCGUACACUAUAAGGGCCAGGAAGGAGAGGUCUUCUCCUCGAGCGCAGAGUUUCUCACUCGUGAGAUGCACCAGCUUGCUUGGCUACGCAAUUCCUGGGCCGGCGUCCAGCACCAACGGGAGCUUCUCCAGGCAAUUUACACCUGCCACUCAGAGUUGGUCCGUAAUCUGGCUACUAGCCCGAUGCGAUUCUCCCCGGUCUUCCACUUAGAGGACUUCCUCGAUCGAUACCCGAGCCUAGCAGCGGACGGCGCCCAUGUCAGAUUAAUAGAUACAGGCGACGAGCUCGUCUCAUUCCCAAAUACCUUCGGACAAGAAUACUAUCAACGACCCAUGGCACCACCCUCAGGCUUCAAUACCAACCCUUUCUACCAACCACGCCCACCAACACUCAAAACCCAAACCCAAACACCCGAUUCAACACACCCCUCCGCAAAAGACCUCUCACCAGGCCUACACUUCCACCCCUCCCCCUCCCUCCAAUCCCUCUUUCCCGUGUCCCUAAACCCAGACCCCACACAACAACAACCCUCAUCAGACCACCUCUCCCUACCAACAUCAUUCUCCCCCUCGGCCUUCGGUCUCUCCCCACCCGCCUUCAACCUAGCAGAGGGCUUCAUAGCACCCACGCCCCCCUCAAACCCGCAGUACGCGACCUUCCCCUUCGACGCGGCAAAUGCGUCUGGUGGAGGUGCGGCUGCGACGCCGGGCGCGCAGAGCCAGACUUCCGGAUCGCAUACGGCGGGUAGUGAAACGGGACCUGUGGAGAAGGAUCCGUUUUUGAGUUUAUUGGAGCAACUUGCUGAGAAUGAGGAUUCGCAGGGUGGUCCGAGUGAGCUUGAUUUCUUUUUAGGGGUUGAUGAGGGGGGGAAGGAGGAGUUGUAA